GCUGAUCAGAGGGAAAUGCAAGUGCCGGGCACUGAUGAUCAGUGCCCUGAUGAUCGGUGCCCAGCAGUGCCACCCCCAAGUUCCGCCCACCUGUGCCCAGCAGUGCGCCCACUAGCUCCGCCCACCUGUGCCCAGCAGUGCACCCACCUGUGCCCAGCAGUGCACCCACCUGUGCCACUCUGCAGUGUCACACACCUGUGCCCAGAAGUGCCACCUACCUGUGCCCAGCAGUGCCACCCACCUGUGCCCACCCACCUGUGCCCACCAGUGCCACCCACCUGUGCCCACCCACCAGUGCCACCCACCAGUGCCACCCACCAGUGCAGCCCAGCAGUGCUGCCAGUCAGUGCCACCAGUCAGUGCCCAGGGGUUGUGCCAGUCAGUGCCGCCAGUCAGUGCCCAGCAGUGAUGCCAGUCAGUGCCGUCUAUCAGUACCCAUCAUCAGUGUCACCUAUCAGUGCCGCCUAUCAGUGC